UGCAAAGAAGAAAUUAAAUUUUCUCAAACGGCACCACGCGGUUUAGGAUUUAAAAUUACAUUACAGUGCAGUUGUGAAAAUGUUCGAUACAUUCAAUCAUGUCCGUUGGUGAACAAAGCUUAUGAAAUUAAUCGCCGGAUCGUUACAGCUAUGAGACUUUUAGGAGUAGGAAGAGAAGGAAUAAAUAUUUUUUGUAGUGUCAUGGAUAUAUGCAAAGGUUUAUGUAUCAGUACUUACUACAGUUGUCUUGAUAAUUUACAUACAGCCGCAAGUGCAAUUUACGAUCAGCUAAUAUCAAAAGCUGUAAAAGAAGAGCAAGAAUUAUUAUCAGAAUUUGAGCCUAAUGAAAAUCCAAAACACUUGACGGUUUCUGGAGAUGGCAUCUGGAAGAAGCGAGGGUUUACUUCACUUUUUGGCGUUACAACCCUUAUUGGUAAAUACAGUAAAAAAGUUAUCGAUACUGUCGUAAAAUCUAGUUUUUGCCAAGGCUGUAACUUGUGGAAAGAAAAGAAGAAAUCUGAUCCUCAAGCUUAUCAAGAUUGGUAUGAGGAACAUGAAAAUUCAUGUGCCAUCAAUCAUCGGGGAAGUGCUGGGAAAAUGGAGGUAGAUGCUGUUGUCGAGAUGUUCAACAGAUCGGUCGAGAAGCACGGGGUAAAGUACAUAAAAUAUAUUGGAGAUGGAGACUCCAAGACAUUUAAAGGUAUUCUUGAUAUCAACCCGUAUGAUGAUGAUCCAGUCGUAGAAAAAAAAGAGUGUGUUGGGCAUGUCCAGAAACGUAUGGGUUCCAGGUUGCGUAAAGCAAAAAAAGACAAUAGUGGUAUUGGCGGCAGAGGAGCUGGUAAAUUGACAGAUAAAGUAAUCAAUGAGUUGAGUUUAUACUACGGUCUGGCAAUUCGUCGGCAUCCUGAUUGUUUGCAGAGUAUAAAGAAUGAAAUAUGGGCUACUUAUUAUCAUAAAAGUUCAAGCGAUAAGAAUCCACAACACAUGCACUGCCCAACUGGUUCGUCAAGCUGGUGUAAAUGGCAACAAGCCUCAGCUGAGAACACUCUUGAAGAGUUUGUCCACGAACAUCCCCCCCUGGAUGAAAAAGUACUGAAAGUAAUUGAGCCCAUUUAUACCAGUUUAUCGUCUGACGAUUUACUACAUCGAUGUUUGGGAUCCGAAACUCAAAAUAACAAUGAAUCGCUCAAUUCAUUAAUAUGGACUUUUGCUCCCAAGCAUAUUCACGCUGGAUCUCAAACAAUUCAAAUUGCGAAUUAUUUAGCUGUUGCCAUUUUUAAUGAAGGUUAUUUACCCAUCUUAAAAAUGAUGGAACUUAUGGGCAUCACCGUUGGUACUGAAGCUCAUUCAUUUGCUAUCAGACGUAACGAAGUUCGGAUUGAGCGCUCUGAGCUACGAGUUACUGCUGCUUCCAAAGAAGGCAGAACAGCUCGAUUAGCUGAAAGAACUUCACAAAACAUCGAAUAUGAAGUUGAGGAAGGCCCAAUGUAUGGAUCUGGAAUCGCCGAUUAAUCCAAAAUCACUACAAGGGCUGGAAUCAUGUCAACCAGGGUGCACCGUUUUUUUUGUAGCCCCCACUUCACCGACCUGUAAUUUGUCCAAUUUAUCAUUUUUUUUUUUUUUCAAUUUUUUUUUAUAUUCUUGAAACGUUAA